GCCAACUCUCCGAGUUGAGUUCUUCUGUGACAGAAUUCUACAGUCAAACUUUUACCCGUGGUAGAAUUUCAGCGAUUUGGGCAGCGGUGCUGCAGUGUCACCGUGGCCAGUUUUGACAAUGUCUCGCCAGAUAGUGACUAUUCAGGCGGGCCAAUGCGGCAAUCAGAUUGGAUUCGAGUUCUGGAAGAAGCUAUGUCAAGAGCACGGAAUCUCGCCACAGGGUAUCGCCUUGAACCCAGAUGAUAACAUCGGAGACUGCAAGGACGUCUUUUUCUAUCAAGCAGAUGAUAACCACUACAUUCCCAGGUCGGUACUUAUUGACCUGGAGCCACGUGUGAUCAAUACGAUUUUGAAUUCAGAGUACGAGCGAUUGUACAAUCGUGAGAAUAUUUAUGUCAGUAAAGACGGAGGUGGUGCCGGUAAUAAUUGGGCUUCCGGCUACAGCCAAGGAAACAAACUAAGCGAUGAGAUCGUCGAUAUUCUUGAGCGCGAAACGGAAAAUGUCGACUCACUAGAUGCGUUCGUUCUUUGCCAUUCCAUCGCUGGAGGUACGGGCUCCGGCAUGGGGAGCUACCUUAUCGAGCAGGUUAAAAAUCGCUUUCCCAAGAAACUCAUUCAGACUUAUUCAGUGUUUCCCAAUCAGGACGACAGCGCUGACGUUGUCGUUCAACCGUAUAACUCGAUGCUCACACUCCGGAGACUGAUUGAGUUCGCCGAUUGUUGUAUCGUCCUUGAUAAUACAGCGCUCAACAGAAUUGCUUGCGAAAGAUUGCAUAUCCAAAAUCCGUCGUUUGCGCAAGUCAACAAUAUGGUCUCCAAUAUUAUGUCCCUGUCCACAGCUACUAUGCGCUUCCCUGCAGCGUUAUAUACUGAUAUUAAAUCACUGCUUUUCCCCCUCAUUCCUGUGCAAAGUCUUCAUUUUUUAAUGACAGGUUUUACUCCACUGAUGAUCAAUGAUCAGGAACAAGCAGUUCAACGCACAACGGUGCUCGAUGUGAUGCGGCGACUUUUGCAACAAAAGAACAUGAUGGUUUCAACUAACUUCAAUGUGAAUCAACACUGUUACGUCAAUCUAUUGAAUAUUAUUCAAGGCGACGUUGAUACAUCUGACCUCCACUCAUCACUCACGCGUCUUCGGGACCGUCGCUAUGCAACGUUUAUUCCCUGGUCACCAGCUGGAAUCCGGGUGUGCUUAGCUCGUCGUUCGCCCUACGUCAAGACACCCUUCCGUGUUUCGGGUUUAAUGUUGGCCAAUCACACAUCGAUAUCGACACUCUUCCAAAAGACAUUACAGACUUAUGAGAAGUUAAUGAAACGUGGCGCGUUCAUUGAGCAAUUUAGGAAGGAAGCGGGCAACGUAGAUGUUAUUGCAGAAUUUGGCGCCGCCAGAGAGGCUGUUAUGAGUGCCAUUGAAGAUCACACUGCAGCAACCCAAAGGGAUUUUAACGAGCAUUACAGGAAGAAGUGUAUGGGUCGGCAAGAAUAGAAAAUACCAUAUAAAGAAUGCCACUAAUUCUAAUUCUGAAGAGAUAAACUAACUGGAAAGCAGCUCGUGAAAACUAAAUGGUGUUUUCUCUUUUUGUUUAACUUAUUUUUCAAUAAAAUAUUACUAAUGUACAUAUUAUUCAAUAAUAAAGGGUAUUGACUAUGGGCUGUAGUGAACGUAA